GCGCUCACACGCUCUCUUCUCUGAAGCCACAGACAUGAAAAAUAACUAAAUAUAACGACGAAUUUACCCAUCCAAAAUAACAAUAGCUAUCCUGAAUGUCAAGUGAUAACAACUGCUCGAAGACUGAAUCAGAAAAUUGUAAAACUUCAAGAGGAUGCAGUGCAAAGAAUGACAUCAACCCUGAAUCCAACAACAUGAAACGAGCAGAGCACUUGAUAAAGCAGUACUUCUUCCAGCUGACAGAUGGAUGUGGUACGCCUGGCUGUGAAAAUGAGAACUGCGCAUCAAGUGGCCGCAUUGGUAACCUUAGCAAAAAUGAAGCAGCCGCCAUGGCCUUGCAACUGUGUCAAAAGAAAGCCCGCCUGUGUGUCCUUAACCAGCCAAAGUCCAAACCAGAAAACAGUCAUCUUAACAACCACGCAGUCAUUGAAGUCCCGUUCUUCACAGAAGAGUCCCUGCUAUCUACUCUCAAGACUUGCAGAGAUGAGGGGAGCUUCAAGAAGCUUGUUCAUAGUAUAGGUCAGGUAUUCUCAAGUUCGGAGUCCCUUAAUCAGAGCUUCCUACUCCCUACCCCUGCAAAGAGUUGUGGAAUCCAAGUCUAUGUUGAUAUCGAAGCUGUUAGGCGGUGCUACAAGGCACUCUUUGAAAUAGGGGACGGCUCAAUAGAGAAUGCACUUCUUAAUGCCUUGGUCAACCUUUCCCCUGAACUUGAGGUAGAAGUGAGAUAUAAGAACCCUUCUGCUAACCCACACUACAUCAACCAAUUCUUGAUCAUUAUGGAAAAUACAAUGCUGCACAGUCCUGAAUACCUGGAAUCUGGACUUCCGAGCUUUUUGAAAGCCAUGAGUCAUCUGCCUGUGCCUGCUCAAGGACAGUUGGUGAAGAUAUGGUCCUGGUACCCUGUGGAUCACAUUAGACGCAUGCUUGAGAGCCUUCAACAGCUCAUCACAUACCAGGUAUUGACAGGACCAGCUGCAGUAGGGACUGCGCCGGUACAUGAAGAUGAUGCUAUUGUCAGUGCUACAAAGGUUAUGAAGCUGAUAUACUUUGCUAGCAUAAUGGGUGGAGAGAGGCGUAAUACGGUCACCAUGGAGCAGGAAGCUGCAGUGGUGACACCAAGCGGAGCUUUCUUGGAAGACCCUUUGAUGAAGGAACUUCAGCUCUUAUCAAUGGACUGCCGCCAGCCUUUGAUUGAUUAUGAAGAAUUUGUUAAUGAACCACUGAAUGACCAAAUUGAAGUUGAUAGGGAUUUUACUCAUUUCAAAAGUGAACAGCAAGGAAGGUUUUCCUUUCUAAGUCAUAACUUUUUACUGAGUACAGCUACAAAGAGCUUAGGUCUGUUUUUUGACAACCGGGUUCGUAUGUACAGUGAGCGUCGGCUAACACUUCUUUAUAGCUUAGUGAGAAGGCAACAACCAACUCCUUAUCUGCGCCUAAAAGUCAGAAGGGACCACCUUAUAGAAGACGCCCUUGUCAGUCUAGAAAUGGUUGCGCAGGAUAAUCCACUGGACCUGAAAAAACAGCUGUUUGUUGAGUUUGAAGGGGAGCAGGGUAUUGACGAAGGGGGUGUGUCCAAAGAGUUUUUCCAGCUCAUUGUUGAACAGAUAUUCAAUCCAGACUAUGGCAUGUUUACUUAUGAUGAAGCAACAAGAAUAUGCUGGUUCAACCCAACAUCAUUUGAGAGUGAUGCUCAAUUCUGUCUGAUUGGCCUGGUUCUGGGCCUUGCCAUCUAUAAUAAUAUCAUUCUGGAUAUCCACUUUCCUAUGGUGGUCUAUAGGAAGCUGUUUGGAAAGCCAGGCACUGUAGAAGACCUAAAGGAUUCACAUCCAGUUCUGUACAUGAGUUUAACAGAGCUGUUGACUUAUGAGGGCAAUGUGGAGGAAGACCUUAUGUGUACCUUCAAGAUUGGCUACACUGAUGUGUUUGGAUCUGAUCUGACCCAUGAGCUUAAGGCGAAUGGAGAGAGCAUACCCGUCACCAAGGAGAACAGACAGGAGUAUGUAAAUCUUCACGCUGAUUUUAUCUUGAACAAGUCGGUGGAGAAGCAGUUCACUGCAUUCAAGCGUGGGUUUGAUAUGGUGGUAGAUGAGUCCCCCCUGAAGAUAUUUUUCCGUCCUGAUGAGGUUGAGAUGCUUGUCUGUGGUAGCAAGGAUUUUGAUUUUGAUGCGCUAGAGAAGGCAACUGAGUAUGAUGGUGGACUAACAAAGGACUCUGCCCUUAUAAGGUGGUUCUGGGAGAUUGUACACAGCUUUGAUAUGGAGCAGAAGAGGCAGCUGUUGAUGUUUACCACUGGCAGCGACCGCAUCCCUGUUGGUGGGCUCGCCAAACUCAAGCUGAUCAUCGCCAAAAACGGGCCAGACUCUCCUAGAUUGCCUACCGCCCAUACAUGUUUUAAUGUGCUGCUGCUCCCGGACUAUGCCACCAAAGAGAAGCUUGAGGAACGUCUUUUAAAAGCCAUCACACACGCAAAAGGAUUUGGCCUGCUUUGAUACUAGUCUCUGACCGUUUGGCGAAGUGUAGGGUGUUAAAACUAAAGCUUGCUUAUGGAUUGAUCAUGAGUUCAUCGUGAUGUUCAAUCCUUGGAAUGAGAAUGUGGGAAUUGCUAGGAAGAGGGGGGGGGGGGGGCGUUGUUGCUUUUUCUGUCAUGGACUGAUCAUAGCUUCUGGGUGCCUUAAGGCCAAGCUUGCCUUGGGUCUACUGGAUGUUCUCAGGUUAAAGUACUGUAAGAUGUUUGGUAAUUUGUAAGUUUUUUUGUAUUAUUGGCUUGAUUAGACAUGUAGAAUGUUAUGCAGUCAUUCAACGUCAUUUCUUGUUUUUGUGAGCUGAUAUUCUUUCAGUGAGAUAAACUUUGAAGGUGGUAUUCCAGCCACCCUUGCAGAUUAAUUGAGCUACUGUACUUUAUGUCAAGGCAAAUGUUUUUCAGGAUUUCGCGGUAUCAAAAGUACACUGGUACAGUACCAGAAAGAUUGGAACAUGUUUCUAGACAAUGAUAUCGACUCCCUAGUCAAGGAUGGGUGAAACACACUAAGGAUUGGGGCUGAUCGCUGAGCAGUUCGACCGUGGCCCACAUCAGAUCCAGGCACUAUUCCAUUAAGCGAUCUGUAGUGUUUAAUUAAUGGCAAAAUUAUUGGGUAGUUCCAGAGGACUGGUUAUUCAUCUUAUUUCUCUUAAAACAAAAUGUUCCCGACUCCUUGCUCGAUAGAAUUCCUGACGUAUUUUGUUGCCUUCACCUAAAUGUCUUUAAAAACUUGAGCAGGGUAUUGGGGGCAAACGUGGCAUUAUCAUCUAAUUGACGCAAAACUUGAAAAAGUCCAAACAUUGACAACAAAUAAGAAAACCCACAGUAAUGCCGAGUGAACCCUCCUGUGUCGUUUGCACACUAUUGUAUGUACAUACACCUAUUUCAAUAAAGGUUGUCAGUGCAAAUGGCAAAUGGCGAUUGGCAAAUGGCAGUUGAACGACCGAAAGUAACCAUGCGUCUCGAAGAAUAUGGAUAAAUCAAAACAAUUAUCCAUUUAAGGUUGCCAAUGCUUGGCUCUGACAUUACUGGACUUUAUUUGACACCUUUAAUUUUACGAAUAAUUAGUACCCAUAAACCAUUUGCCAUUUGCACUAGGUGCAAAUGGCGAAUGGCACCUGAAAUAGGUGUAUGAGGUUGCGUGGUUUUGGGAAAACUUUGCCAGCAUAGAUUCAAAAACGUUGUGAAAUGUUGCUCUUUCUGCAAGGGUUACAAGUUUAAAGUUUUUCUCACGCCAGGAAUGUUGCUUGUUGGUAAACAGUACAGAGUGAAAAUAAUAAAUGAAAAACAGUUCGACCAAA